AACGACAGUGGAGUUGCCUUGAGCCUGACGGGGAGGUUACAGCCUGUUAGCAUACAUGCUAGCCUAUAGAUGUUUAGUCACGUUUUAAGGUUUUCCACGUGGAUUUAAAUGACAACAACGUUUUUGGGAUAGCUAUUAUUAGCCGGUGCUUUUUGUCUUUUGGGUAAAACUGGAUAGUCGUCACUGGUGCGGACAUUUAGACGCAUACACAAGGCUGGAUAAGUUUUGUUAAAGAUCCAAAUGGAUAAAAAUACACGAAAAGUUCGGAAUCAGGACAUUAACCCAUGCCUCGAGGAAUCUGAUGGCUCCCAGAAGUGUUUGGAUGCCUACAACUAUGAUAAGAGCAUGUGUUCACACUAUUUCCAGAGAUAUAAGAACUGUCGGAAGUACUGGCACAACAUCAUGGUGCAGAGGAGGAGAGACGGAGUGAGGCCUGACAUGCCGACUGCAGCAGAGAGGCAGGAGAUGCUGACGGCUAUGGGAGGAAAACCCUACUGAGAGUCAGAAUAUCACAGAAAUACUGAAGACUGAUGGACGCUGGCUUCAGGACGACACUCUGAUGAUGCUACUGCAGUUCAUUGGGUUGGUUUAUGAACUCUGACCUCAGGAUUCUGUCUCCUCAGGUCCUGUGGACGGGACCAUCUGAGACUAUUCUACUCUAAAACAAGAUAGAAAGACACAGAAAGACGUGUUUUGUCAUAAGUGCUGAGGUAGAUUUCAUCAUGAACAUUCAAGCUCCCUGAGUGGUUGAACACAUUCAGUAUUCACAACACUAAACUAUUUGUGUUGAUGACUGUUUCAUUUAUGGAAUCUAAACCAAGGUAAAGUGUGCAGCCUCUGUAAAGGGACCUCUAUCAACUAUGUCUGUCAUUAUUUAAAAUAAAAUGAUUAAACUAUUUUAUCUACAUGACAUAUUCCCUUA